CUUGCUGGGGGAACAGCAUCGAUGCAGCAACUCAAAGAACGUCUGGAAAAGGACUUGCUAGAGGAGUCUCCUCAAGCAGCGAGAGUCAAAGUACUGGCUAGUGGAAAUGCUACAGAAAGGAGAUUCAGUGUUUGGAUAGGGGGCAGCAUAUUGGCAUCUCUUGGUUCCUUUCAACAAAUGUGGUUUUCAAAGUCCGAGUACGAAGAGCAUGGGGCAUCUUACGUUCAAAGAAAAUGUCCUUAAGAUGAUUUCUUGCCGUUCUGUAUUUAUUUGACUAGCAUCAAGCAAAGAUGUUUUUCCAAGUGGACUUGCUCUGCUCAAGUCUUGUACCAUUAGGAAUCUGUAUCACUUUAUACCAUUGUUCUGUAAUGCACUGGUAGUACCAAGGUACAUCCAUAUCGGACUUGCACCGACGACUAACAUAGUAGGAAUCAGAGUGACUUGCUAUUUGUGGUAGGCUGUUAGCUGUACCACUACUGCAGCUGUUCAAUGGAAAUGCUAGAUUAAACACCUUGUGCUAAUUGCUAAGACCUUGUUUGACAACUAAGUGGACAAGGACCCCUUUGUAACAAUUGGAAGUUUACCGAGGGAACACUGGCGAUGGGUCAAUCACGCUGCAUUCCUAUGUCUAAAGGUUGAAAACUGGCAACCUCAAGUGAUGAAGCAAGAAGUUCUAGCAAAUCCAAUCGAGUGGUGAAAUGAUUGUAUGAUAUCUCAGACAAAAGUUGGUCUCAUUCGCUUUUCGAUGAUGCAAUGUGUAUUGUGAUCACUUGUUGGGUCGAACCUUCUCUAGAGGAAGAAACAGAAAACGUUAGGUGGUUUAGGCAUGAGAGAUCCCACAGCUAAUAUGAUCAUUAUCUUGCUUAAAGACAAUUAAAAAAUUGGUUAAAAAGAUUUUCGUAAAUUCUCAUUUUACUGUGUUGGGUGGGUCACAAUCCAAUUGAUGCUGGGCAAAGAUAUUGUAUGUAUAUUUAUUAGUUAUUAUUUGAAAGCGACUAUACAAUAUCA